CGCGCGGAAGAGGAAAGUCUGUUUGAAAGCUAUGGCUAAAAUGCCUAUCGUUAUCUUUCUUCAUAGGCAAUACACAUUCAACCGAGGAAAAGAAGAUGAAUGCAAUUCGCGUUUGAACAUAUUAACUAAAAACGGCUUGAGGAUUUGAUCGAGUUUGUGUCCGCGGUCAUAUCAUUGAGUAGCGAACCACGGUUGUCGAUUUAAGUUAUGUUAUUACUGGCUAGCUGUGUGAAAACGUAAGCUUUCCCUGUUUUAGAAAUCGUUCUACAUUAACCUAUUUAUUCAAUUUAAAGAUAAGUAUUACAUCAUGCAUCACGUCAAAAUCAAAGUCGAAAAGCCAGAUGUGGAGGUUGGCGCCGCACGCAACAGACUGGAUUCUAUUUUAAAAGGACUCGUGGAGAAAACUGAAAACGAAAGAGAGCAGAAUGAGUGUGAGACAGGAAAAAUGUCAGCCGACUCUAUGACCAAGGAUUUGUCCCCAUUGUCUGCUGGAAAACGGCCAUCGGCGAGAUUCACACAGCAUCGUCGCAAGAGACGCAAAGAGUUGGAUGAAAGCAUAUCUGAGAGCAAUACCCACAGACAAAAUGCUUACAUUAUUAAGUUGUUUGACCGAAGCGUGGAUUUGGCUCAGUUCAAUGCCGGCACCCCUCUGUAUCCUAUUUGUCGUGCCUGGAUGAGAAAUAAUCCGUCUGUCCGAGAGCCUAUUGAAGGAUCCCCGAUAUCUCCACAAGUCAUGCUAGAAGAAGAAGUCACAGACAUGAUUAAUGGCAAAGAGCAACUUGUAUACAGACUACCUCCUCCAACUAUGUCUCCUAUAAGCUCAUCUGGUGAACCAGUCAACCUCAGGAUCCCACCAACUGAAAAACCCGUUGUCACCCAGUUAACAGAGUCUGUACCUAUGCCAGGUUCCUUCAUAUGUGACCACAUGGAGCGAUGGAAAAAGAUCAGACAAAAAUGGAAGGAAUGUUCCAACAAGAACCAGUUGAGAUACAGUGAGAGCAUCAAGAUCCUGAAGGAGAUGAAGGACUUGUAUGACCACUAAUUGACAACUUUGCAAGUUUUCUCAUUCACUCUUCCAAUAGUAUUGGAACAGUUUGGCCUAUUCCUUGGUUUUCAUUUUGACUGAGGAUUAGAGUUUGUCAUAAAACAACACAUAUACAGUGGUGCUUCUACUUAUGAAAUGAAUUGGUUCUGGAAAUAGUUUCGUAACUUUAAAUUCUGUAAGUAGAGACGCUUUUUCCAUGUAAAUGCCCUAAUCCGGGGGUCAGCAACCCAAACCUCUAGAACCGCAUGUGACUCUUUAGCGCUGCCCUAGUGUCUCCCUGGAGCUUUUUCAAAAAUAUUUGAUAAUGGAAAAAGAUGGGGGAGGGAAAUAUAUUUGUUUUAAAAUGCUUUUUGUAGGAGAACAAACAUGACACAAACAUUAUUCUAAUUCAUUGAUAUUGUAAUGAAAUUAAACUUGAGGCUGUAUUGUACAACAGAGUAGUCAUGUGGUGUGUCAUUCUCUAUAGGAUGCACUGCAGGGAAAACAUUUAAUCAUGAAGUCUCAUGAUAUAUUUGUGGGCAACUUUGUCAUUUUGAUAAUAUGUUAACAUAGCUAGUAUAGAUACAUACAGCAUGGGUUGCCUUCAUCAUAAGGCUUUUAAUUUUUUGAGGCUCCCAACAUUUUUGUUCUUUUUGGGGGGGAUUGGGGGUCCAAUAAGGCUCAACAUUCCAAGCCCCCCCCCAAUUCAGACAUUUUGAUAAUGCAUAAAAAAUCAUCAAAACAGGUAACAAAUUCAUGAUACAAGUAGAUUAUUGCACAAUAAAUAUAAAAUUAAAUAAUAAAAAGGUUGCUCAUAAUGUAAUUAACCAAGAAUUGUGUAAACCAUAACUAAACGAAUGCAUUUAAAUUAACAAUGAAAAAAUACCCAAGCAAUCAAAUACUUUAACUACUUAAAUAUCCCCCCUCCAGACAGUAGGUGCCAGGUCUUCCACAGCUUUGUCGUUGCCACGAAAAACAGACCUAAAUAUUUAAACAAAGAUUAACUAAAGUGUACAACUUUCAGAAAACAUAUGUUCAGACUAAUAGUCUGAAGACUAAUUGCUUAAGGUUAACUCAAAAUAUUAAAUAAAAGUAGAGAUGCACGAUAAUAUCGGUCCCCGAUAAUUAUCGGCCGAUAAUGGCAAUUAUGACGUCACACAGAUAAUCCAGAUAAAACGAAAUUAAACCGAUAAUGCAAUCCGAUAAUUACAGUAUAUACUUGAUUUAGCCUUCAAAUGUGCGCAAUCAACAGCUUUGUCCAAUUCUGCUAGUUUUAAGGAGGUGUUUUUGCAGUGUAGUAAUGUGAUAUGUUAUGAUAUGUUAGGAAUGGCUUACUUUUAAAGGCAUUUUUGUGCAACUUGGGUGUUUACUCUCUAAGUAAUUGUUGCAAAAUCUUACCAUUACACAAUGUCAUUGCCAUUGUUUAGAUGUUGGAAUUUACUACUUGUUCACAUUUGAUGUGGAGAAAAAAAUAGCACUAAAUUACAUUUUUGCACAGCAACAUUUGAUCUUUGAAUACUUUAAAAUUUUACAUACAUAUUUGAAUAGAAUUAUCGGCGUGACAUUAUCGGUUAUCGGGUGGAAGGGGCAGGAAAUUAUCGGUUAUUGAUAUCGGUUGAAAAAUGUAUUAUCAUCACUAAAUAAAAAAUGAGUUUAACAUAAAUCUAAACAAUACUGAAUAGUGGUGCCAGAGGUAUCCACCACAAGCAUUAUUUUUUACUAAAUGGCAAUUCUUUUUUUUUUUUUUUUUUUUUUUUUUUUUUUUUGCUGCUACAUGUCAUUUCCUUACAGUUACUCCAAGUCUAUAUCUCAUUGGUGUCACCUACCUUUCCAUUUGUCUUUUGUGAUCCUAUCGCAGCAUCCAAUUACUGCUGUUGAUGUUGGAGACCAGGGAUGUCCCGAUACCAAAAUUAUGAGUUCGAUACCGAUACCUGACUAAAUACCUCGAUACCCGAUACUAAACGAUACCACGCAAAAAACCUAAAACAUCAGGGAAAAAAUACUGGAAUAGAGAGGACAAAACUUGGAACUGAAAACUUCUUUUAUUGAAGUUCACUCUGGUAGUAACAUUUUUAUUUUGAACAAUGUUAAACUGUCACAUCUCCAGUGUGACAUCAGACCGCUAAAUGGUGCUAUUAUCCUGGUUCCUACUUUUUUAGUUGUACUGAAAAUGCUAUAGGCAAAUCUUAGAUCACCUCAUAUAAGUAACAAUAACUGUGUUCCAAAGUAAACUGUUCAAAGUUAUAAACAACAACUGCUAUAUUUUUUUUAAAUAAAAAUACUCUCUGUACUUGCAGCUCCUGAACUUUAUGUAAAAAUAAAUAAAAAUGUCUUCACAAUUCACACAUCAAUAGAAUGAACUGUACAAACUUGUUUUAAAUAAAAAAAUAUUUUCACACAGCUAUUUUUUUUUAACAAAAAAUAAAAGUACUGUACUUGGCUGCAGCUCCUGAGCUUUAGGUUCAACAACAACAAAAAAGUGUUCACAAGAGAUUAGAAAGGAUGGGAGAGAGGGACAGAGAGAGGAGGAGGGGGAGAGAGGGACAGAGAGCACACACACACACACACACACACACUACAGUUAAUGUUUAGGCUACUAAAGUAGACUGGCUUGGGACUGGCAGUAUAGUGGUGGUUUAUGAUGUGUGUAUUUUUUUCUAAACAUUUAGGCGUUUUUGCCAAUGAAUUAGUAUAACAUUAAUAUAAUUUGAUUAUUGAAAAUAUUAGGAUGUUCAUCAGAGUAGCUACUGCAUACCAAACGCUAUGGCAAAUGAGGGCCAUAAAUCUUUUACAUGGCAUGCAGUAUUCUGAUGUUGGCUAAACUUUUUGAUCUUUGAUAGGCUACUUUACUUGACUCAUAUGCUCCUUGGUGGAGAUUCCGUGUUCUGUGAGCACAUUGCGUUUAUUGCCUCGUGUUUCACUGACACACGAGUAGGCUAUUGUGGGACAAAUACUCGUUGGGACUUAUUUGAAGGCAUGUUGUGUGUUGUUAUCAUUCACAUUCGCUACCCGUCGUUCUUUGAAUUCUUGGUACAAAUCGGGAUGGUUGUCCGCAAGAUGUUUCGCCAAGUUGGAUGUGUUGGAACCUUUCGCUUGUGUGGCGUUAUGGCAUCUUUUACACACGGGCUUUGAUGUGUCCGCCGCGUUUCCUUCUUCGUCAGCACGGUAAGCGAAGUACCUCCAUAUUUCGCUUCGUGCGUCUUCUUUCUCAACGAGCCUUGGCUGGUUUUGCAGCCCGCUAGUUGUAGGCUGCGGCUCUGUAGGAGCUGCCGUCAUUUUUCCUCGUAUC